GGAAGGACUCCCCCUCCCCCUCCCCGGGGCCAGGCUGCGGUUCAGCACCGGGGCUGCGGCGGGGAAGCAGGCGUGGGCCGGCCGCGCUCGGCCUGGAGCGCCAGGUUAGGAGUCAUGUCAGAAGAAACAGCAAGCGAAUCACAGUUUUCCUUGAAGACCGCAGCACUGAAGGUGUUUGAUCUUCCUCUGUCUUGGUACUAUUCUCUCUGCCAGAUCAAAUUUUCACCAGUGGCUAAAAAAUUAUUUGUGGUAACUGCAGUUAGUGCUGUAUCUGUAAUUUUUCUGGCUCAUCACUUUAAGAGAAGACGUGGAAAGAAAAAAGGAAAAAUAUUACCAUGGGAACCAGAACACCUCAUACUUGAAUACACUAAAAGAACAGCAUCAGACAAAGGUUCAAGUUGUUCCAGUAGCAGACAGAAUUUGACAUUAUCUUUAAGUUCUGCCAAAGACAAAGGAUCUCAGUCUUGUAACUAUGCCAAUGGAGGACUCUUCAGUAAAUACUCAGGUUCUGCACAGAGUUUAGCCUCUGUCCAGAGUGUCAAUUCUUGUCAUAGCUGUGCUUGUGGCAAUUCUAACUCCUGGGACAAAGCAGAUGAAGAUGAUAUUAAACUUGUUAAUAUCCCUGUGACCACUCCUGAGAACUUAUACUUGAUGGGUAUGGAAUUGUUUGAAGAGGCAUUACGUCGAUGGGAACAAGCUCUAACCUUUCGAAAUAGACAGGCUGAAGAUGAAGCCUAUAGUUCUAUUAAGUUGGGUGCAGGAGAUGCCAUUGCCGAAGAAAGUGUAGAUGAUAUUAUUAGUACAGAAUUUAUACAUAAACUUGAAGCUCUCCUUCAAAGAGCCUAUCGUCUCCAAGAGGAGUUUGAAGCUACCCUGGGGGCAUCUGAGCCUAAUUCCCUUGCUAAUGAUAUUGAUAAGGAUACAGAUAUCACCAUGAAGGGGAACAUGGAUGACUUUGGCCUGCGAGACACCUUGAGUGUUGCAUCAACAGAUUCUUUUGCUUCAGCAGCAGAGCUUGCAGAACACAAAGAAGUACGGCAUACCUACAGUCUGGAGUCCCUUUGCCACUGUCCUUUUUACGAGGAAGCCAUGCAUUUAGUUGAAGAAGGAAAAAUUUACUCAAGAGUGCUUAGAACUGAAAUGUUGGAGUGCCUAGGAGACAGUGAUUUUCUUGCCAAACUUCACUGUAUUCGACAGGCUUUUCAGGUAAUUCUUUCAGAAUCAGCCAACAGGAUCUUCCUUGCUGAAAGUGGGAGGAAAAUUUUAUCAGCGUUAAUUGUAAAAGCACGAAAGAAUCCAAAGAAGUUUGAAGAUGUUUUUGAUGAAAUGAUCUAUUUUUUAGAGCAGACUGAUCACUGGGAUAGUACUGAAAUGGAACUUGCUGCUAGAGGAGUGAAAAAUCUAAAUUUUUAUGAUGUUGUCCUGGAUUUUAUAUUAAUGGAUUCCUUUGAAGAUUUAGAAAACCCACCCACUUCCAUACAGAAUGUAGUAAACAAUCGCUGGCUAAACUCCUCCUUCAAAGAAACUGCCGUGGCUUCAAGUUGUUGGUCAGUAUUGAAACAGAAAAGGCAACAGAUGAAGAUCCCAGAUGGAUUUUUUGCCCAUUUUUAUGCCAUUUGUGAGCACAUCAGCCCAGUCCUAGCCUGGGGCUUUUUGGGUCCUAGAAAUUCUCUGUAUGAUUUGUGUUGCUUCUUUAAGAACCAAGUUCUUUUCUUUCUCAAAGACAUCUUUGAUUUUGAGAAGGUGCGCUAUUCCAGUAUAGAGACUUUGGCCGAAGACCUCAUGCAGUUACUCAUUCGCCGCACUGAGCUUUUAAUGGCCUAUCUUGGAGCCGAUGCCCUGAGGCAUACGAGUAGCUGUAUAAGUAGUCAUGGUCCUGUUAUGCCCAGCAGCCUUUUGGAAGCCAAAGUACAAUAAGGACCUUAAAAACCAGACAAUUUGUGUGUGCUAUGAAAUACCUUGAAAGGUAACUAUUGAUUUCGUACCAUGUAUUACACAGAACUGGUGGCUAUGGACUCAGGGAGGAAAAAAAAAGAGUCUAGUAAAGAAGGAGUGAUUGUACUGUACUUGCACAGCAGUUCUGUCCUUGGAUCCCUGUGUAGUGUGUCCAAAGCGUCUCUUUACAAUCCUUAGGUAAUAAUUAUUGUAAAAUGUUGUGUAUUUUACAGAACUACUGCGUGAAUUGAAACCAGUGCUUUGGAGUUAAUUGAUUUGUCAUUUUGAAGCUAUAUGAAAUGUCCAGUUUCAUGCUCACAAGCUUUGUUUUUAUGCUUUGCACCUCGAAGAUACAUACUUUAGCCAAGACUUUUAUGUCCCACAUAUGCAAGAAUAUAUUAUUCCUAGUGUCAACAAACUUUGCCUGAAAAUGUGUUUUUAAUUGUAACGUUAUUCACUGUUUAAUCAGGUUUAGGCAGUAGUGGUGUUUAAUAUGUACUGCUUACAUUAUUGCUUGUGCAUUUGCUUAAGUAUUUGAAUCAAAGAAAUUGUAGUGGCCUAGUAUCAUUAUAAGACAUUUAAAUGAAUUGCCACCGAGAAGAUGAAAAGUUAUAAGUUUAUAUUAGAUUUAUUACAGUUUCCAAAAUAUAUUACUGUUGGUCCUGUGUGUUACAAUAGAUAAAAUGAAGAAAUUUCUGUUAUCUUGGUAUAGGUUAGAGCAUUUUCCUUGAAUAAAUAUUGAUGGAAAAUAUAACAUUUAUUAACUAUGAUAGGAGAUUAAAAUUUUUCCCGUGUAUUUUGACACUGUCUCCCCAAAUCUGAAGGUACUAAUGUUGAUAUAGUACAAUAAUUUCUUUCUUCUCCUUCUACACAACUGGCUUUUAGUUAUUUCUGCAGAGGAACUUAACACACUGAGAAUUUGUCAUACCCAUAUUUUUAAAAUAUUCAUACUUUGACUCGUAGAGUAAGUUUUAAAGAAGGGUUUUUUUCCCCCUGAAUAUAGAGUAAAAUAUUUUUAAUGGUAUGGAGUAUAUUUCCUGUCCUUUAUGGUGGAUAUAUGAACAAAUGGGUUGUUCAUAUGAGUAAGAUUUUUCAGAGUAUAUUAGAUACUUCGAGAGUUGUAUUAAUUUUGUGUCUAAAUCGUAUACCACUUAUUUAGAGUGGCUGACUCAGUAUAUCAAUGGAUUGGAUUUGUUGAUUUUGCUCCUAAAGUGAGCUUUAUCAUUUUAGGAGUGUUACCCAGAAGGAUAUAAGAUAUAUUUUUUGAAAAAUGCAUUUUUAGAUUAAAGUGCCUAAUUUCUGGUUAAUGAAUGGAAAAUGAAAAGUGAAGAAAGAGGCAUAAUCUUUUAAGGUUUUAAGUUUGUGUGUGUGCCACAUUUAUGUAAUAUUAGUUACAAAAUGGGAGAUUCAGAAUCUUUAUGUUUGCAUGUGCUGUGUUCCAUAAUGUGUAGGUUAUAGCAUUAAACAAUAUGAAAUAUUACUCUAAUAUUUUUCGAGUAUGUAGCUCCUUGACUUUUUUUACAUAUAUUCUUAAUUUACAUUUGGCUGUUCAUAAUUCUUAGUAAUGGCAGAAGAGUAUUUUUAAAAGUAUCAAAACUUAAAAUUCCAUUAUGUAAUAUUUUUGUUUUUAAUUUAUAUGCUGUAUUUUAGCUUCUUGUUGAGAUACCAUUGGCCUUGAAUGAUUCACACACAUGCACACAUGUGUGCACACACCCAAUCCCAUUACUGUGUAAGCAAGGCAGUUAUUGCUUAUGUUAAUUUUCUUGUUGAGGGGGGCUAAAUGUUUUAAGCUGCGGUUUUAUAAACAAAGCUAUAAGUAAACUUAAAUCCCUUUUUUAUUUGAGGAAGCUAUUGUUUGAAAUGUAUUUUGAGGAAUUGCACUAUUUAAUAAUGCUGCUACUGCCUGAAAUAACCCCAGGGAAUUUAUUUGAUCACUUAAGAUGAAUGGCUUUCCAGAAGGUUUUUUUAUAAUUUUUUUCUUCUUUUUCACACUUCACCUUAAUAAAAGAGAAAUUUCCCUUAUUUAAAAGGUUGGUUUGUCAGUGCCUGAGUUUGAUUAGUUUCUGAUCAGUUCAGAAGCUACUACCUUAGUAAGACGCUUUCUUUGUGGCUUUGGACGAAAGAGGUAAGAAUGACUAAAUAGGAGUUCCCGUUGUGGCUCAGUGGUUAACGAAUCUGACUAGGAACCAUGAGGUUGCGGGUUCGGUCCCUG